UGAGAGAGAACAGAUGCACUUUGGUUUCGCUUACAUGAACUGUAGAGGCUCCUUGUCCUAGCCUGGCUGACUUUUUCUUUUUUCUUCUUUCUUAAAUAUUGUUUUGUGCUUAGGCAAAGGAUCAAGUUGAAGCAUUUCUCUCUGCUCGCGAGGAAGCCUCGUCCUUGAAAUUCAGGUUAGAGGAAGCCAUUUCUGAGCAGCAAAAACUGAAGGAUAUGAAUGCAGCUUUAACAAGUACUUGCCAGUUGCUUCAGGAAAAGGUGGAAGAGCAGAAAAAGCACUGUAGAUGAUGAAUCUGAUUACAGCCUGCUGCCCACAUCAUCUCAGCCCGUAAAAGGGAAGAUGCUCUGACCUUGGAAACCUCAUGCCCGAAUAACCCUCCUGUGCCCGUCUGGCGUCCCCCCUGUAAGUGGAGCUCUGGCAGCUGCACGUUUGAGAACUGCAGUCUGGGACAGGGGUCCGCUCUGGAUGUGACAUCAAUUUCGUGGAAGUGGAAAAUAUGCUCUGCUGGUAACUGUACUGAUGCAGAUCUUCCUGUUUCCAUUACAACGAUGGACUCUUCACUUGUUGAGGCGGACAGUGCGGAGCCAUCAAUACCAGUGAGUCUGAUCCUAUCCAGUGAUCACUUAAUAUCACCCAAAGAAGUUCUUACAUCCUCUUCAGAAAGCAUCACACCAGUAACAGACUGUCUUGUUAUGGAGGAAAAAUCACCUGAGCGCUCGCAUGCAAAAGAGGAAGAUGUGCCAAUUUCUGUAGCAAUGGAGAAAAUUAGUGAUAAGAAUCCAGCUGGUACUAUAUCAGGAACGGAUCUGACCAAGAAGGAAUUCUGCCCUGUGACUGAAGAACACAAAACAUCUCAAAACGUUUUGAAGCAAGGCCUGGAGACAGACCAGGAAAAGGAAAGCAAUAAGAAGCAGAGUGAGGAAGUACCAGCUGUGGUUCCCAGUAGAAAAGGGAGCUCACCCACUAUAGGUGGCAUUAAAGGAGAUAAAACAAAGCAAAAUGACCCUGACUCUCCUAAUGAGAAAGAGGUGGAGGCUGAAUUUCUGAGGUUGUCUUUAGGUUUUAAGUGUGACUUGUUUACCUUGGACAAGAGAGUGAGGCUUGAAGAAAGAUCCCGAGAUCUGGCUGAAGAAAAUUUGAAACAGGAGAUCACAAAUGGCCUAAAGUUGCUAGAGGCUUUAGUUCCUUUGUGUGAAGAAGAUAACCAAGCCCAGGAGAUAAUUAAGAAGUUGCAGAAAAGCUUGCAGUUCCUUAGCCAGUAUGCAGCCCGUGUCGCCAGUAGAGCAGAGAUGUUAGGAGCUAUUAAUCAGGAGAGCCGUGUCAGCAAGGCUGUGGAAGUAAUGAUUCAACACGUGGAAAACUUGAAGCGCAUGUACACAAAAGAGCAUGCUGAACUUGAGGAGCUAAAACAGGUCCUGCUCCAGAAUGAAAGAUCGUUUAGUUCUCUUGGAGAUCGAGAUGAAUCUACAAACAAAAAACUACCAAAUUCUUUUAACUUCAAGCCAUCAUCAUCCCUACGAAGAGUUAGCAUUGCAGCAUUGCCUAGGAGUGCUGGAAAUGCAGGUAUUGGGUUGCCACUGGCCCAGCUAAAUGAAACUGAUGGAGACGAAAGGAGUGACAAGUUCAACAGGAGAUCAAGCAGUUGGGGACGACUAGGAGCAAAGCAAAACGAGAAGCGUCCUUCACUACAGCGAUUCGUUAGCACAUACUCCUGGGCGGAGUAUGAAGAUGAUCAUUCUGAAACAAAAGACAAGGGGUCAGAAUCACCUCCUGAAGUACAAGAAGAGAAAGCAAGGAAAGAAAGUAUCUCUGAAAAAGGGAAAUGUUCAUCAAAAUGGAACCUAGAGUCAGCGUGCAACUUAAUGUCAUCCUGGGCAUCUCAUCUGAAGACUUCCUUUGGCAAUGCUAACAAAACUCUCUGGGUUUCUGUUUCCAUCCUGGUCCUGCUUGCUGCUCUCACAAGCUUCCUCACUGGGCUCUCUCUUCAAAGACCAGCAGAUGCAGCACCUGUAGGAACUGGGGACUCCUGGACUUCACUACAGCAACUGUUGUGGCCAUAUACAGGACUCCAACACAACGGACCACCACCAGUAUAACAAAGGUUCUGAGUUACAGUUUGUAAAGCUGCAUUUCUGAGUUCAAGCUGACUGUAUGAGAAGCUGAGAUAGUAUAUUUAAGGCUUUUUUUUUUUAGCAUGAUUUGAAAUUGAGAAAUACUUUUUUUUCCCCCCCUUUUCUGACAAAGUGGUUAUCUUCCAAAUGUCUAGAAGAGUCUCAAUCCCAUUCAAGUUUAGAAUAAACCAGUUAGUCACUUUGAACACAACUAGCAAUAAAUGGGACUAAGUGGUCUAGCUAUGACAGAACAGAUUUUUUUUGUUUGUUUUAAAAAAAAUAGAAUGUUUGCAUUUCAGUCAUUAAAGCUAUUCCAAUGAUUUGAAUAGGAAACGAUUAAAGACUUCAAAUGUAACUUUAUUGAAAGCUUUUGAUAAUAAAGUUUUAAAGGAACACAUG